AAAGAAUUCAACGCCUGCAGGCGAUGACCGGCGGGAGAGAUGUACGGAACGACUAAAAGAAGUUUUGUUUUAUUUGUAAAUAGUUCAUAGAAAUAACUAGAUCAAGUAGUUAACUCGAUUACGCUCGCGAAGGUUCUGAGCGCUAAGAUAAAUACUUACUUAUGUGUGUGUAUAGAUAUAGAUAUAGUUUAAGUAUGUACCUAGGUACCUACUAGUUGUUCGAGCACCUACCUACUUUAGUAAUAAUAAUAAAUAAAUAGUGACAGGAAGUGAGGAGGCCAGCGCCAUCUAGUAGGAAAUAGCAUAACGAAGUAGAACAAUAGUGCACUAAAUAGACCAUGUAGUUCACCUACUCGACAACAGAUGGCAGCCCCAUCUAGAACAUUCUACUUCUUAUGAGUCUUUUCUAGAGCUUCCUGGAAUUCUCUAUCUUCGGUAGAGAUUAGUAUAAAAGGCAGACGCCAACACCCCACAGCAAGUCAGUUUAAUAGAAAGAGUGAAACAGUAAACAUCUCCAGUGAAUUGUGAACAAUAAUACCAGUGUUUUAUUUCGAAGACUCAACAGGCUAAUAUAUAGCUACCUCUACGUCAGUGGCAUUUCCUCAUCUUCCUGAAGAACCAAACAGGUGCAACCGCCACUUCCUUCGCACCGUAUAGUAAUAGUCCAUGAAACGGUCGAAGUGAUCCGCACAAAUUAACACUAAUUUCGACAACCAGGAGCAAUUAUGGAUGACUUGCCAUAUCAAGCAGAAUACGCUAAAUCAGGGAGAGCAAAAUGUAAAGGAUGCAAAGAAAAGAUAGAGCAGGGGACCUUGCGAAUAGCUGUGAUGGUGCAGUCAGCAAUCUAUGAUGGGAAGCAGGCCAACUGGCACCAUGAAGAGUGUUUCUUCAAGAAGCAGCGUCCUAAAACUGCUCUUGACAUUGGAAGGCUUAACACACUGCGGAAUGAUGACCAAAAGAGAAUUACUAAAGCCAUAGAGGAAUACACUGGGAUUGUGUUGCCGGUUGCAAAAGGGAAGAGUAAAGCAGCUAAGCGAGCCAAUGCAGAAGCUUCAGCAAGCAUGGCCGCCAUCAAGGACUUCUUUAUUGAAUAUUCCAAGUCAAGCCGGGCUACAUGCAGAGUUUGUGAAAUAAAGAUUUGUAAGGACGAAGUAAGAAUAUCCAAGACAGUGUAUGACACAGAAGUGGGGCAGAAGUACGGAGGGCAGCCGCUGUGGCAUCAUGUGAAGUGUUUCGCGGAGGCCCGGGCAGAGCUGCUGUACAUGGCCGGGGGGGAGGACCUGCCUGGCUUCAAGGUGCUCAAGAAGGAGGACCAGGCCAUGGUGAAGCAGGAGUUGAAGCCUUUCAAAGUGGAAGAAGUCCCAGUCAAAAGGUUGAAGGAGGAGCCAAAAGACGAAAAAGACAUAAAGGAGGAAAAAGACUUAGAGAAGAAAUUGAAGAAACAAAACACUUUGUACUACAAGUACCAUGACGGCCUCAGCGACUGCAGCAAGAAGGAUCUGCAGGCCAUUCUAGAAGCAAACUCACAGGAAGUGCCUCCAGGCAUUGAUGAGACUUUUCAGCCUAUAAUUCGCAUCGCUGAUAUGAUGGCAUUCGGAGCGCUGGAGCCCUGCGACGUCUGCAAGCAAGGACAGCUCGUGCUCGGCACCAAUGGAUACACUUGCUCAGGUAACGUCAGCGAAUGGACGAAAUGUACACACGUGACCCAAGAGCCGAAAAGGAAGCCUAUGAAAGUACCUAAAGAAUUUAAAAAGAUGCCAAUAUUCCAAAAGUUUAAGCCGAAAGUGGGAGUAAGAUUGUUCCAGGCCGCGCCGCCCCCGCCGCCGCUACUUAUUAUCAAGAAGGAAGAGUCUGCCGAAAAUGGAGUAAAGAAAGAGCGCCGCAUCCCGCCGCUGAAAAACCUGCAGUUCUUCAUUUGGGGCCGCGGACUGAAGGGCAAGGAGGAGCUGAAGCACCGCAUAUUGAAGCUGGGAGGGCUGGUAGUGUCCAAGCUGACUGAUACAGUCGCUGCUGUGGUGUCGACGAAGAAAGAUCUAGAGAACAUGGCGAGCAAGAUGUUGGAGAUACAGGAGAAGGAUAUUGAGGUUGUUGAAGAGAGUUUUAUUGAUUUAAUCGAUCCUGAGACCGGUACUAUUGCCAGAUCAAUUGAACUUAUCAAGGAAAACAACAUAGCUGAUUGGGGCUCUGACCCGGCAAAGCGCAUUCCUCAAGAUGUGAUGGACGGCAAGUCUAUCCCUAAAUCAGGCAGCAUGUAUGUCAAAUCAGAAAAGUCUGGCACCAAGAAGUUGAAGCUGAAAGGAGGCACAGCAGUGGACCCAGACUCGGGUCUAGAGGACGUGGCGCACGUGUACAAAGACUACGACGAGACCAAGUACACGGUCGUGUUGGGACAGACCGACGUCGUCGCCAAGAAGAACUCGUACUACAAGAUGCAAAUACUCGAGGCUGAUGACAAGAUGAAAUACUGGUUGUUCCGCGCGUGGGGCCGCAUCGGCACGACCAUCGGCAGCAGCAAGGUGGAGAAAUGCAAGAAUGUGGACGAAGCUUUACGCAAGUUCAAGGACCUUUAUAUGGAGAAGACUGGGAAUCCUUGGGAGAGGCGAGAUCAUUUUGAAAAGGUGCCUGGUUGCUACUGCCCCGUGGACGUGGACUACGGUGACGACGAGGCCAGCGCGAAGGUUCUGAAGCCUGACGACAAGUGCAAGCUGCCCAUGCCCGUGCAGAACCUGGUGUUGACCAUCUUCGACAUCAACGUCAUGAAGAAAACUUUGCUGGAGUUUGAGCUGGACACAGAGAAAAUGCCACUCGGAAAGUUGUCAAAGAAACAAAUAAAGUCCGGCUACAAAGUGCUGUGUGACCUGCUCAAACAUAUCGAGAAAGGAAUGGCCAGUAAGAACAAACUCAUCGACGCAACUAAUAGUUUCUACACUCUUAUUCCGCAUAAUUUCGGUGUUCAAAACGCUCCAAUGCUGGACAAUGUAGAGCUCAUAAAGAAGAAAACCGAAAUGCUGGACAACCUCUUAGAAAUUGAGAUUGCGUACAGCUUGUUGAAAUCUGAUUCGGACGACUCGGACAUGAGUCCAAUAGAAGCGCACUACCUGAAGCUGAAGACGCGGAUCGAGCCCGUGGCGCGCGGCGGCGCCGAGUUCCAGAUGCUGGAGCAGUACGUGCGCAACACGCACGCCGCCACGCACUCGCAGUACACGCUCGAGAUACAAGAGGUAUUCAAAGUGGUUCGCGAGGGCGAGGACAAGCGCUACAAGCCGUUCCGCAAGCUGCACAACCGCCGCCUGCUGUGGCACGGGUCAAGAGUCACCAACUUCGCAGGGAUACUGUCGCAAGGUCUCCGCAUCGCGCCGCCCGAGGCCCCGGUGACGGGCUACAUGUUCGGCAAGGGCAUCUACUUCGCGGACAUGGUGUCCAAGUCGGCCAACUACUGCUGCAGCAACAAGGCGGCUCCGGUCGCCGUCAUGUUGUGUGAAGUGGCGCUGGGCGACAUGCAAGAAUGCUCAAAGGCCGAGUACUUCACCAAGCCGCCGGCUGGCAAGCAUUCCGUCUGGGGCAUGGGCCGCACUCAGCCGGACCCGGCUCAGAAUGUGGUGCUAGAGUCGGGGACUAUAGUGCCCUGUGGCACGCCGCAACAGCGCGAUGUGAGCACGUCGCUGCUGUAUAACGAAUUCAUCGUAUACGACGUGGCGCAGGUGAAUGUCCAGUAUUUGUUCCAGAUGAAAUUCAACUUCAAAUACUAAAUACAUACAGUGGAAACUGCUGCAUUGCAACGAAUGUACCUACAUAUUGCCAGUUAUUAGAAUAGCAUGUUUAGUUUUAAAAUUAUGUUGCUGUCAAGCCUGAUGAUCAUGUUCAAGAAAUGUGGAUUACAUUAUUAUGUUUAAACUAGGUUUUAACCGACAGCUACGAAGCUUAGGAGGAAUCCUCGUAUAUUUUUUUACUAUAAUUCCAGGGUAAAGCUCAAGAAUAAUGUUGAGUUAAUGUUUUAAUUAAGAAUGAUUUUAUAUUUGCUGUGUUGUCCACCGUAUUGAUUGUGAUAAUUGUUUAUGUUAAUUCUCGCUCGUGUUACCUGUUAUGUAUUAAAAUAGCAUCACUAUGUUAAUGAAUGUUAGUUAUAUGAAACAAUAUUUCUGUAACACAUCUGAUUAUUUCAUCCCACAUAUUGUUAUUUCAUCACAUUCUUAUAUUUCAAUAAAAAAUACAAUUCUACAUAAUGUACCUACUUAUU